UAAUGUUCACAGGUACUAUUUCAGUAAUAUAUGGUCCUAUGGUAAUAAUUUAAAUUGAUGUAGUUUUCUGGUAAAACAAGUGAAUUAAUGAGAUUAGUUAAAAGAUUUACAAUAUCAGAAAGAAAAUGUGCAGUUCUUAAUUAUGCUAAUGAUAACAGAUACUCAGAUGAUUAAUGUAUAUCUAGUCAUGAUAAGUAAUAAUCUAAUUUAUAAAUUAGAUAAUAUUUAAAAGCUAUAAAAGUGACUAAAUUAUUUGAUGCUUUUGAGAAAUGUAAAGAUCAUGAUGUUGUAGCUAUUGAUGAAGGUUAAUUCUUUAGUGAUGUAAAUUAUUAUCUAAUAUACUCUUAGAUUGUUGAGUUUAGUGAAGCAAUGGCAAAUUUAGGGAAAAUAGUAAUAGUUGCAGCUCUUGAUGGUACAUUUGAUAGAAAGCCAUUUCAUAAUAUCUUGAAUUUGAUUCCAUUGGCUGAACGUAUUACUAAGUUAACUGCUGUUUGUUGGUUUUGUAAGAAAGAGAAUGCUUCAUUCACUAAAAGAACUGUUUAAUCUUAGGAAAGUAUAUAAAAUAAAAAUAUAAUUAAGUUGAAUUAAUUGGAGGAGAAGAUUGUUAUAAACCUGCAUGUAGAGUAUGUUUUAAUUUAACAGAGAAUUAAUUAAAUAAACAUACAAUAAUACAAAUUCCAGUUUUUUAAAAUGAUGAAAGAGUAUUUGGUUAAUAAAAUUUGAUUUGCUGAAAC